GAAAUCCUAGAUGAGAAAGAAAUACUGAAUCAUUCCUGGCCCCCCGGAGAAUUCGACCCCGAAGAUCCUAGAACAUCCCUAUUUCCUUGGGAACCCCUUGAGUUCUAGACUGGCGAACUGGAGUGGGUUCUGCCAACUUCUGGACCGUGUGGGGAGAGAACCGGGCAAUUCCUUUGGAGCUGCCUCCAUCUGCUGGGCUGGGGAAGGCGGGAGGGGGGGUUUCCCUGGGGGUGCCCGGGCACCCACAGCCCUGGGUCCAGGGAAACUCGCGGAAGGCCGGAGCCGGGUUUGGGAGCGCGGGGCUCCCCGGGAGUCGGGCCCUUUGCGCGGAGCCCACGCGCGGGCGGCCGGGCAGCCUCGGGCAGGGCCUGCCGGCCCCCGGCGGUCUGUAGAUGGCAGUGCAGGCUUGGGAAUCGGCGGGCUCCCGGCCGGGCCGAGCGCUCCCUUCUCCCUCCGUCCGCGCUCGGCGGGAUCCGGCGGGAGGGAGCUGCCGCCGGCCGGCCCCCACCACGGCAUCCCCUGUGGCUGGGAGCGGCCCCGGGAAGGUGAAGGGCUCGAGGACAGGCGGUCAGCGGGGCCCGUCCCGAGCACGGCCCGGAGCGGGAGGCACGAUGCAGGACUCCGGCCUGGAAGAGCAGUUGGAAGGGGCGGCUAAUCUCAGCUUUCAACAGGAGCAGCAACCGGAUGCGUCAGAACCAAAUCUCCUAAAUGCCACGGUCCGCAAAGGGCCCCGGAAUUUACCUCCCCUUCCUUCCACUUCAAGAACAGGCUUUGCUGAAUUUUCCAUGAGAGAAAGAAUGAGAGAAAAAUUAAAAGCUGCAAGGUCCAAAGCAGAAAGUGCUUUGCUGCAGGAAAUCCCUAGCCCCAAACCCAGGAGCUUUGUGAAUCUCAAAGAAGAAGGGACUGGAUUUGAUGAAGAGCCUGGCAAAAAUGUCCUAAAGGAGCCACAAGAGGAAGAUUCCCAGAGAUCUGCAAGAGUCAAGUUUCGGGAUUCUGGGAGGAAGCCCAAGUUCAAACCACAGGUCCGUCCUGGAUUCCCGUCUGCAGAAGAAGCCUAUAACUUCUUUACUUUCAAUUUUGAUCCUGAACCCGAAAAGGAUGAAACAAAAGACAAAAGUGGAGAAGAGUCCUAUCAGGAGGUGGAAGAAGGGGAGGAAGAGGAAGAGGAAGAGAAACCAGGUCAAGAAGAACAAGGUGAAGAGGAGCUAACUAAUGAGAAAGAAGCUGACGCCUUCUUGCUCGACUUAGAUCAGACAGCCCCUGAUUUUCUGGCAGUCAGAGCUGCCGAAUAUGAAAGCAUCCAUGAGAUACAGCACAAAGAAAAAGAAAUUCUCUUCAGACCCAGUUCUGUUACAGUUCCUAUUUAUAAAAAAAUCCCUGAAAAUAUGCAACCAAGAUACCUUGAAGAUGAAGGGCUUUACACUGGAGAAAGGCCAAUGGUUCCUCGAACUAAUCAAAACAUUAUGGAGAAUCGACUGCUGAUACAAGAACAAGAGAGAAAAUGGUUUGGUGAUGACGGCAGGAUCCUAGCACUCCCCAAUCCAAUUAAACAGUUUUCUACAAGACCACCAAUAUUCUCACAAGAAGAAGUCAUAGAAGCAGGACUAGAAACAUUAUAUAAAAAGGCAAUCAACUAUGUCCCCAAUAAACAGUACAUUGUUGGUUCUGGAGACUCUCCGGGUCAGUUUCAACUGGACAUCGACAUUUCAGGAUUAAUAUUUACUCAUCAUCCCUGUUUUAGCCGGGAACACGUUUUAGCGGUCAAAUUGGCUCAGUUAUAUGAUCAGUACCUAGCAAGACGUCAGAGGAACCAGACAAAAUUUCUAACAGAUAAGCUCAACGCCCUGAGGAAUGCUGUACAAACUCUCCCUGAUUCCACCAAACCUCCUGGGUCUGGCCACACAACUCGGGAAAGCGUGAACAAGUAUAAAUUUGAAAUUCGGCAAACACGAAGACUACGGGAUGCUGAAGAAGAAAAAGAUCGAACGUUGCUUAAGACCAUCAUAAAAGUUUGGAAAGAAAUGAAAUCCCUUCGAGACUUUCAAAAGUUUACCAACACACCCGUAAAACUUUUUUUGAGGAAGGAAGAAGUUGACUGGAAGAUAGACGAAAAGGCCUUUGAAGCAGAAAUACAAACAGAAACAAACGAGUUGCUCGAAGAGCACGCAGAAGAGUAUGAAAAGAAGAUGGAAGCCUACAGGGCCGAGUACCAGGACUGGAAAGCCUGGAGGAAAGCGCAGAGAAUCAAGAAAAAGAAAAAAAAGACGACAGAAGAACAAGACGAGGUCACCGAGGAGACAGAGCAUGGCGAGGAGCCCGUGAAGCCCACUCCCCCAGUGCCCGUUGAUAGGUCGACGAUAGAGCAGCAGGUUCGAGAGAGAGCCUCGCACAGCAGGAGGAAACCUGGGGAGCCUAUUUUAGUUCCUGAGCUGAGCCUGGCUGGCAAUGUGACCCCCACAGAGCUCUGUCCAAGGGCAGAGAUCUUGAGAAGAGAAGACGUAAGGAAGCGGUCAGUAUUUUUAAAAGUCCUUUUCAACAACAAAGAAGUUUCAAGGACGGUCAGUCGUCAGAUAGGCAUGGACUUCCGAGUUCAUUUUGGACAAAUUUUCAAUUUACAGAUACAUAAUUGGCCAGAGAGUUUAAUUCUUCAGGUCUAUGAAAGCGCUGGUUAUGGCAGCACUAACUUGUUAGCAGAGGUCUUUCUACCCAUCCCUGAGACAACGGUAUUCACCGGAAGGGCCUCUAUUGAAGAAGUUGAAUUCAGCAGCAAUCAGCAUGUGGUCCUGGACCACGAGGGAGUCGGAAGUGGCGAGCCCUUCUCCUUCGAAGCCGACGGCAGCAACAAGAUGGUUUUGAUGACCUCCGGCAGGGUGUCCAACAGCGUGGCCUGGGCGGUCGGGGAGAACGGGGUCCCGCUGAUCCCCCCAGCAGCGCAGCGCGGCCUCGGCGUUCGGAGGAAAGUUGACGCCAUCGCAUCCAUUGGUGCAUCGAGCUUAACGGACAUGAAGAAGUUGGCAAAGUGGGCAGCGGAAUCCAAGCUGGACCCGAAUGACCCAAAUAAUGCCUCGCUGAUGCAGCUAAUAACGGUUGCGACCAGUGGAGACACCUACGUCCCAGAAUUCUUCAGGCUGGAGCAGCUGCAACAAGAAUUUAAUUUUGCUUCAGAUGAAGAACUAAAUAGAUCGAAGCGCUUCAGACUUCUGUAUCUCAGAGCCCUGGAGGUGCCAGAGUUUCGGAAUUUUAAGCAGGUUCCCAUUUAUGACCGAGAAAUCAUGGAAAAGGUGUUCCAGGACUAUGAGAAACGAAUACGUGACCGAGGGAUAAUCGAGACCAAGGAUCAUUUAGAUGCUCAUAGAGCCAGAGUGGCCAAGUACCUCCAACAGGUUAGAGAGUCGGUGAUAAACCGCUUCCUAAUCGCAAAACGCCAUCUCCUUCUCUCGGACCUGGUGGUGGAAGAGGAUGUUCCCAAUAUCAGCAUUCUGGGAGCAAGCCUCUUCAAGUUGGCGGAACAAAAGCGGCCCUUGAAGCCCAGAAGAAAAGGAAGGAAAAAGGUUCCGGCACAGAACCUGUCAGAUGGAGACAUCAAGCUCUUGGUGAACAUCCUCAGGGCCUAUGAUAUUCCAGUGCGAAAACCCAGCAGCAGCAAACUCCAGCAGACAUCCCGCUCUUCGAGACCUUUCAGUGAAACAUUUGUGACUUCCCCGUCGAUGCAAAGUCCAGCCCACACUGUGGACACUGUGCUCAGUCAGGUUUUAGUUCGACCUUUUGUGGAAGUUUCUUUUCAAAGAACUGUUUGCCGCACGACUACAGCUGAAGGUCCAAAUCCUAGCUGGAAUGAGGAACUUGAACUUCCAUUUAGAGCCCCUAACAGUGAUUACAGCACAGCCAGUAUGCAAUCAGUGAAGGACGAUAUAUUCAUCAACCUUUUUGAUGAGGUGCUCUACGACAUCUUGGAGGACGAUCGUGAAAGAGGACGCGGCAUCCAUACCCGUAUCGAGAGGCACUGGCUGGGGUCUGUUCGAAUUCCAUUUAGUACUUUAUAUUUCCAGGGCAGGAUUGAUGGUACCUUUAAAAUAGAUAUCCCUCCGGUUCUCCUGGGCUACAGUAAAGAGAGAAACCUAAUUAGUGAAAGAGACUUUGAUUCUGUCAGAAGUCUGAGUGAUGGCACCUACAUCACUCUCUUUAUGACUAUUGAACCUCACCUUGUGCCUGGGGAGUCAGUUCGAGAAAAGAUGACUGACAUGCUAAAGAAGUUUGAUUCCCAGGAAGAUGAGAAAUUGCUUCAAGCAGCAGAGAAGUUUCAUGCUGAGUGUGCCCAGAAAUUUCCAAAAAGGCAAUGCCUGACCACCGUGACCGACUUAAGUGGAAAAACGGUUUUUAUCACACGCUACCUCAGGCCUCUAAACCCACCGCAGGAGCUCCUCGAUAUGCACCCCAAUAAUCCGCAAGCGGCGGCGGAGCUGGUGGCCAGGUACGUUGCCUUGAUUCCUUUCCUGCCCGACAAUGUUUCAUUUACUGAGACCUGUGACUUAUGGAGCACGUCAGAUCAAUUUCUUGAACUUCUGGCGGGAGAUGAAGAAGAACAUGCAGUGCUGUUGUGUAAUUAUUUUCUGUCCCUGGGGAAGAAGGCCUGGCUUAUGAUAGGCACUGCCAUUCCUGAGGGUCCAACUGCCUAUGUGCUAACUUGGGAACGAAGCCAGUAUUUAAUAUGGAAUCCCUGUAGUGGAUGCUUUUAUGGACAGUUUGAUACAUUUUGUCCUUUAAAAAGUGUGGGCUGCUUAAUAAGUUCUGACAAUAUUUGGUUUAAUAUUCAACAGCAUGAUUCUCCAAUGAGGAUAAACUUUGAUGUCACCAAACCCAAACUGUGGAAAUCGUUUUUUUCAAGAAAUCUUCCAUACCCAGGACUCUCAAGUGUUCAGCCUGGAGAAUUAAUUUACCAAUGUACAGACAAAGCUGCUGCAUCAGAACUACAAGACAGGAUUGAAAAAAUACUGAAGGAGAAAAUCAUGGAAUGGAGACCACGCCACAUAACUCGAUGGAAUAGAUAUUGUAUAUCCACUCUACGACACUUCCUGCCUUUGCUUGAAAAGAACCAAGGGAAGGAUGUAGAAGAUGACCAUAGAGCAGAACUUCUCCGACAGCUAGGAGAUUACAGGUUCUCGGGAUUUCCAAUUCACAUGGCAUUUUCUGAAGUGAAGCCUUUGAUAGAGGCUGUGUACAGCACCGGAGUUCACAACAUCGAUAUCUCCAAUGUUGAGUUUGCUUUAGCCGUCUACGUUCACACUUAUCCCAAAAACGUGCUCUCCGUAUGGAUCUACGUGGCUUCACUUGUUCGUAACAAAUAAAUGUUCCAGAUUGUGCCCUGUACGUUUGAAAAAGUCACAGGUACUGCCUUAUUUAAGUUUGAAGAUCCAUCAUUAGAGGACUGGCCAAAGAUGAAUCUUUCAGCAACAGCAACUCAGGAAAACUACCUAAACUCAAGGUAGAAGGGUUGAAACCUGCCUGUGUUUCUGGUAUUAAACUCAAAUAGAAAUGAAACCUCCAGGUAACAUACUAACCUGAAAAACCAUAAAAUGAACAGUAUCUGUGGUGUGUUGCAUUUUUAUUUAGUUAACUAUUUUCCAAAUACGUAUUAAUCCAUUCUGGAGUUGUGCAAGAUGUGUAUGUAUGCAAGAUACCUAUGACCUAGACCAUUAAAAUAACUGAUCUCCAAAGAUAAAAUAUAACUAGAGCCUCGUUGACCAUUAUAUAAAUAAAUAAUAUUUGCAUGUAAUUAAAAUACAAAUUAUAUUUAUUUCUGGCAAUUUAAUUCCAUGUUCUCACUUGAAAUUACUGAAACUAUGGAAAAGUAAAUUUGUGAAUAUAAAUGCAUCAAUGGAAUUUUAAAAGUACAUCUAUUUCAACUUAGCAUCAAAAUACGUAACUAGUAAAGGAAAUAAACUACAUGUUUAGACAACA